GAACUCUCAAUUUUUGGUUUUAUCACUAUCACUUCAAUUCUCGCAUUCCCAUAAUUUUCACACUUCAAGAAAUGACUAAACAGAAAGCAAGUGAUCCAGUGACCCACCUCAUUGGGGGUGCAGUGUCUGGAUUAAGUGCAUGUGUCAUGGUCCAACCACUCGACCUGAUCAAAACACGACUACAACAACAACAACAAGCCCACCUCGCGUUUAUUAAACAAAGAGGACAAGCAGGUCUAACUAUCGCGCCUCUUGAGAGUACCAUCUGGAAAACAGUUUUCGGGAUUGUUAAAGAGGGAUCUGUCCUCAGCCUCUGGCGUGGAACUCUGCCCACUAUUGUGAGAAAUGUUCCAGGUUCAGCCAUGUACUUUACGAUCUUGAACGAGACGAGAACUCUUCUGGCUCGCCGGAAAAUCAAUGGACUAGAUCGGGAAGAUACAUUUUCGAGCAAUAGCGCACUUCCCAAGCUGAGCAAUACUGAGAAUCUGAUUGCUGGUGGUGCUUCGCGAGCUGCAGUCGGCUUUGUGAUGAUGCCAGCAACUGUAAUUAAGGUUCGAUAUGAGAGUAAUCUUUACAGUUAUAACAGCAUGGGUAGCGCAUUCACAUCAAUCUUCAGAAAGGAGGGUAUUCGUGGACUAUGGGCUGGUUUUGGAGCAACUGCCAUGAGAGAUGCUCCUUUGGCUGGUCUUUAUGUUUUGUUCUAUGAACACUCUAAAUCUAAACUUGGAGCAGUAAAAGGCACAUCAUCCUUUUUUGAUUUGAGCACACCUACUAUCCAUAUGGUGUCAGGUAUCGCUGCCGGUUUUCUUUCUACCACUAUCACCCAUCCUUUUGACAUGCUAAAAACUCGAAUGCAACUGAAACCAACCGAAUACAGGAAUGUAUUUCAAGCUGCUCGCAAGGUCCUCAUGGAGGAAGGUGCAAUUGGAUUUUUAGAUGGCAUUCUUGUACGAACGAUACGCAAAUCAAUCCACUCGGCUAUCUCUUGGACUGUAUAUGAGGAAGUUGUACGGUGGCAUCUUAAUCGUAAUGCUGACCACAUUGUAUAAAACUUAUUACUGUACAUUAUUUUUAAAAUAAG